AUGGUGCUCUGCAGCUUUCUUCUACAGGUAUUUUCCUGCCAUGUCGUCAAUACCCGUGUGAAAGGCAUUUUCCAGUCAUUCUGCGGCACAGACUCCUACGUACAGCAGCCGGAUCUUUCAUUUCCCACUGCCCAGCCGACACGUUUAGCAUUGCCUCCGCAGACAACUAGCGUAGCUACACAUUAUCAACCAGCUUCUUCUCUGCAUCUCCCAGCAUUCGAUCACAGUGUUCCGCCUUGUGCAGGUACUUCUCCGCCCCCCCUGAAGUCCUCAGAACAAACACGCACACACUUAGAUGCACAGAAGUCUAUCUAA